CGUGUAUUAAGACCCCACUUGAAUUUGUAUGACACUUUAUUUUUUCUUCUUCUUUUUUUUUAUUUAUUCAUUCCUUUCUCAUCUUAUCUAUUCUAGUCACUCAUUUACCAUGUCAACAAAAGAAGAAGCAUGGGUUGAAAUACCCAAUCCUAUAUCUACCCAUUGUUUUUAUGCUAAUCUCACAACAGGUGAAGGUUCUUGGACUAAACCAGCCAAUCAUAUCAUUCAACAAAGUGAUUGGUGGGAACUCUGGGAUGAAAAGAACAAGCUGCCUUAUUAUUAUCAUACACGUGCCAAUACCUCAAAUUGGAUCAAGCCCACUGAUGCGCAUGUCAUUUCAUUGCUUCAUAUUAAAUUACCAGACGAAUUUGCCAGCCUUAUGCAUGAACCUAUCUCGAAACGCAACAGCAAAUCACUCGAUUUACCCCAUCCUCAUGAUACCAAAAGACAUACUCGAUCCACAUCAGACGGUGGUAAAGAAGACAUAGACCGAGUCAUGAUUCAAAUGCCACCACAAAAUACAGAUACACAUUCACUUUCAUCUGCCUUAUUCAGUAGAAAACAGAGCUAUUGUUCUGUUCAAAAAGUAAGUUGUGUCCAUAACAUUGAUGUACUUACGCUUGAUCAGGAAACCCAUGAUUCAAAAGCAUCCAGAAGAGCAUCUCAUUUCUCAGCCUUUUCUAGUUUUACAAAAUCAUCCAAUCCACUCAAAAGCCUUGUUUCUCGGUCCUCAGAAAGUAGAUAUUCACUUGCCACUCAGCCUGAAAAACCUACUUUACCUGCUGGUUUACAACAAGAAAUCACUCGGUUUGCUAUUGAUGGAUUUGCUCAAAAGUAUUUCUCGACCCACAAACGAGGUUUAUUCAGAAGAAGAGUGCCUAUGCAUCAAAUGCUGAAAUGGACUAAAGAUUCCAUCAAACAACCCUUGAUGAUGCUGAAUAAAGACCUUCAUAAAGAUGCAUUAAAAUGCUUCAAACAACUACAGAUGAUUAUGGGAGAUAGACCUCGAUCUCGUCACUCCAAUGAUAUUGAAGACAUUCAAUCGAUCCUUACGUGCGGUAUCACUAAGGGACAGAUGCGAGAUGAAAUCUAUGUUCAGAUCUGCAAACAAUUAGAAGAUAAUCCGCACAGUCACAGUAUCAAGAAGGGCUGGGAAAUGCUCUGUAUUGUCACCAUCACAUUCCCUCCUUCAAAAAACCUUGAAUCUUACUUGACUGAUUUUGUACAACAACACCACCAGGUAGAAGAGAACAAGGUGGACAUCUUUAGUCAGCAUGUCUCGAUCAAACUCAAACGUAUCUGUAUUCGAGGAGCCAAGGGAAAAGUAUUGACCAGUGCAGAAAUCAAUCGAGCUAAAGAAGCACCUUUUAAGCCAUCUGUGUUUGGUGAAUCCUUGGAUUUUAUUAUGCAAUUACAAGCCAAUCGUUAUCCUCCAUUAUGUAUUCCUCAAAUUGUACCCUUUUUAGCAAACACAGUGCGUGAGACCCAUGGACAGAUGUCUGAAGGUAUCUUCCGUGUGUCUGGUGAUGCAGAUGCUGUCACUGAUUUAAGAGUACGCAUUGAGAAUGGCAAUUAUGAUGCGACUGGUAUCACAGAUCCCAAUGUGCCUGCUUCUUUGCUGAAAUACUGGCUAAGAGACCUUGCUGAACCCAUUGUGUCUUCAAAGGACUAUGAGGACUGUAUUCAAUAUGCUGAAGAACCCGAAAAAGCGAUUGCUAUCAUCAAUCGAUUACCAGACACAAACAGGCGUAUUGCUUUAUUUACCAUUAGUUUCUUACAGGAAUUCGCGGAUCCCUCAGUUAUCAAACAUACACUCAUGAAUGUCAAUAAUCUUGCUAUGGUAUUUGCACCUAAUUUCUUACGUUGCCCUUCUGAAAGUCUAACCACCGUCUUUGAAAACUCAAAAUAUGAACAAGCCUUCUUGAGAACAUUAAUCAAUGAGAUGGUGAUUGAUGCUCAUGCUUGUGCUUAUGAUCCUGAUACAACCAAAGCCGUCGGACAUUUAAAUUCAUCUCUUUAAUCUCUUGUACGAUGUAUACCUUUAAUAAUAAUAAUAAAAAAAAUUAGAUUUUUUGAAACGCAUUUAUGCAGCUCUUUUAACAUUUAAGCGGCGAUCCAUAAGAAGAACAGAGACAAUAAAGUUGUAUUCCCGCUCAGACAUGAUUGGAGAAGAAGCAUA